GUGACCCAGCGCCGUCCAAUCACAUCCGGAGGAGGUAAAGAGAGUGGCGCGUGCUCGCGGUGCUUAGAGAGGACAGGCAGUUUGUUAAGAGCGCAUCUUGUGUAAAUUAAACAAUUUGUGUUUUUGCAAAAAUGUCCGAGGAUAAGCCCAAGGAGGGAGUGAAGACAGAGAAUGACCACAUCAAUCUGAAGGUGGCUGGACAGGACGGUUCUGUGGUCCAGUUUAAAAUUAAAAGGCACACACCGCUCAACAAGUUAAUGAAGGCGUACUGUGAAAGACAGGGAUUGUCGAUAAGACAGAUUAGGUUUAGGUUUGAUGGACAGCCGAUAAAUGAGACGGAUACACCAGCACAGUUGGAGAUGGAAGACGAGGACACUAUCGACGUAUUUCAACAACAAACAGGCGGCCAUCGCUAAACCCUCUCCUCCAGCAGCGGGGACCUCCCUCGGCUGUUUUAUUUGACUCGAUCCCCAAAAUGUUUAAACUGUGCUGUUUAUUUACUCCUUUUUUUUUCCUUCUUUUGUUGAUUUGGAUGCCCCCUCUAGUUUUCAUAGGGUUGGGCUCUCAUUCUUUCUUUCCCCCUCCCCCACUCCUAAUAUUUAAAGAUGCGUGAGGUAACAUGGCUAAGAGGUGACUUCAAGAUGGCUGCCAUAAGGUUCAAAAUGGCUGCCGGUGUAUGAAUAGAAGGCCCAAGCCUUGUUUCCUGUCCUGAAUAAAGAAGUCCAUUCCCAUCAGUAUGAAAUCUGCCAAAUUCUGAUCUGUUUUUGUCUUCCCCUUUUUCUCUGUCUCAUGCAGCUUUAAUUCUAGUUUUAGUCCAUGUCAUGUUUGUUAGCUAAAAUGAUGCCCAUCCGAGUUUAUAUGGUCCAACUGCAGAGAUUAAAGGGAACUCUGGUCUCUUCUUGGACCGAACCUCCAAAUAUGUCCUGGAUAAGUCCAGGUUUUUUAUUAAAAAUAAUAAAAUAUCCCAUAAGUCCUUGUCGUCCCCCCAAAAAAAAAAAUCAUUCCUCAUCUUUCGAAGGCAACAAGUCUGUGCUCUGUCCUGGACGCCUGUCACCCCAAAGAGGAAUGGUUUUAUUAUUAAUCCCCCGUACAAUCUGGCGUCCAUAAGGAUUGGGACGGAGUCAUUGUCCGUGUGGUCUCAUUAUUUUUUUUUCUGUACUGAUUUGUACAUUAUUUGUUGUCCUUUACUACUGUACAAUAAAUAUAGUUUGGUACUCAGA